AUGGCGGACAAGGGAACAGAAGUCGUGGAUGAGAUCGCCAAUGACCCCAAGACGAAGUCUGCCGUGGCUCGUCUCAAGGGCUGGGGCUCAUCCGCCGUGCCUCCAUCUGUCCUGGCGACUCUCGUCAUAGGCCUCCACAUGCGCCCUCGUCAGCCUCUCGCUCUUCUGCUGUUUCCCGCCCCUCUGUUCGCAGCAACGUACUUCAACCUUGCCGGCUACCCGACGGCGGCCGGUGGUCUCACGGCGGCAUGGAGCGGGCUGUACGCCCUCACCGCGAUGCGGAGGAGGCAGGGCCUGCGAGGGCGGUUCAGCGUCAGGGGCGGAGUCAGGGGUCUUGCCGUGGCAUUGGGCCUUGUCAACGCGGCGGCGGGUGGAUUGGUGUGGUUGACGGGCGAUUUUGAGAAGGACGAGAGGGAGAGGAAGGAGCGCAAUCGUUGGGGCAUUGAGGAAUGA